AUGUCGAGAAGAGAGUCACCACCAAGCUCGCAUGUCGAAGUUCUUUUGGCACAACAACUCGCCUCUCAACUGGCACAAUCAUUGGGGAUCUCUGUUGCGAGCCUCGCUGGCCUAGUCCUCGUUGCAUUUUGGGCGUGGUUCACGAACAUGAGAUCAAGACGAAAGCCGGGGGCCUUACAACUCCUGGCAAGUGAGUCAGAUGUUGGCCUGUCAAAACAGCACAGGAAGCAUGGGGCCUCCCGUGGCACGCUGCGCGAUGCGGCGGGAAAUUUCCGCACAAGGUGUCGAAAGCAUGACGGACCUUUCCCCCCCAACAACGCCAAAACCUGUGCGGCUUCAAGACAUCUGUCGGAGGCAACCAGCUUGAAGGGACAGCGCGUUCCAACCCGAUCCCAUCUAGACAGUCUUGCCGGACGCGUUGCGCCAGCACACAGUCACAGAUGCAAUGCACACAACCUCCUGCUGAUCGAAGAAGCCAUGCAGAUGUCGAACUCGUCUGCCGAGCAACAGAGCGAGGUCAGAUCGGAUCCCUUUUGA